AUUCAGGCUUUUGUAAUUUUAUGCCAACAUCAUUAUUUGAAUGAAAACUAAACCGAAAUAGAAUGGAAUAUUACAGAAUUAAAUGAAAUCGAUGUAAUGAAACUCGGGAAAAUUGUGAUUAUGAAGAAUGAUGAUUGCAAUUGAUGAAUUUACUACAUUAAAAUGAUUGAAAAUUUGCUGUAGAACAAACAAUAAGAAUCCCUUCAAGAGAUUCUGAAGUGUAAUCCUUAAAUUCAAAACCUUUAAUUUGAUGAAUAAUUUGAUAAAUUUGAUUGAUUACAGUAUAAAUAAAUAGAUAAUAAAUAUUUAAAGUUCACUACUUUUAAAUUGUAACAUUGCGUUUUAUUUUCUUCAAAGAUGUCGAUGAUGUCAUUUUUCUGUCAAUGACCAAAACUGUCAAAAUUAGUCAAAACAAAUCGGAAAUCGUGUGAAAAUUUAAGCUUUAAAUAAACAGAUAUAGCAAAAAUGGGCCUUUUCGGUAAAUCCCCAGAGCGCAACCCUAAAGAAAUGGUAAAUGAAUGGUCGCAUAAACUUCGCAAAGAAGGAUACAAUUUGGACAGACAAGUUAGAGCUAUCCAAAGAGAAGAAGAAAAAAUUAAACGAUCACUGAAAGAAGCAGCUACUAAAAACGAUAAACAAGUAUGCACUAUACUAGCAAAAGAAAUCAUCAGAUCCAGGAAAGCAAUCAAUAAAAUAUACACAAGUAAAGCACAUCUCAACUCAGUACAAUUACAAAUGAAGAAUCAAUUGGCUACCUUAAGAGUUGCUGGAUCGUUGCAGAAGUCAACAGAGGUGAUGCAAGCAAUGCAAGCUCUGUUACGUCUCCCAGAAGUAGCGGCUACGAUGCAGGAGCUGAGCAAGGAAAUGAUGAAAGCUGGUAUCAUAGAGGAGAUGCUGGACGAAACCAUGUCCGGGAUGGAAGAUGAAGAGGAAAUGGAAGAAGCAGCGCAAAGUGAAGUUGAUAAGGUUCUAUGGGAAUUAACUCAAGGAAAAUUAGGAGAAGCGCCGGCACCGCCCACAUCUGUCGGAGCACCGUCCACCAGCCAACAAGAAGAGGAACCAGUCCCGGAGCCUGACGAAAGCGAACUGGACGAAAUGCAGUCUAGAUUAGAAUCAUUGCGGUCUUAGAGUUGAACAGAGUUUGAGAGAGACUCGAAAGAAGUAUUACUUUAUUUGGUGGCUUCAUGGCUCGAAUGGAGAUUAACAGAUGCCUUACAAAAUAAUUUUGUAAAUAAAUCUUAUUGAUUUUGAUUCUAAUUGUUGUAUGUAUUGUAUUAAGUUUUUAUUUAUAUUAAAAGUUAUCUUUAACAAAA